GCAACCGGCUGAUUUCCGCUUCCUUCGCUUACGCCGACCAGUCAAGUGAAGAUGGCGGCGGCCGAAUCGGAUCGCGAAGUACCGUCCGCUCUAUGUAGCGAAUUUCUGAAUUUUUCUGCCAAGGACACAGCAGCGAAAUGGCUGCAGGUGAGCGACCUGCCCAGAGACGUGUAUGGGCACCUGGCGCGCUACGUGCCGCAGAUCUACUGCCAGGGCCCCAACCUGCAGCCCCAGAGCGAGGAGCUCCUGGCCCAGCUGCUGCUGCAGUCCCCGCUGGAGUGGUACCUGUGUGGGGAGGAGCCGUCCAGCGGCCUGGCCAAGCUGGAGCAGAACAACCAGCCCUCCCAGCUGUGUGGACACGUCUUUAAAGUGGGGGAGCCCACCUACUCCUGCAGGGAAUGUGCGGCAGACCCCACGUGUGUGUUGUGCAUGCAGUGCUUCCUGGGUAGCGUGCAUAAAGAACACCGCUACAGGAUGACUACCUCUGGGGGCGGUGGAUUCUGUGACUGUGGAGACACGGAGGCGUGGAAAGAAGGUCCUUACUGUCAGAAGCACGAGCCCAACAUCAGCGACAGCUCUCAAGAGGACCCACUGGCUCACCUGUCCCCAGACAUGAUCGCACGCACCUAUAACGUCUUCUCCAUCGUGCUGAAGUACGCCGUCGACAUGCUCACCUGGGACAAGGAGGACGAACUGCCACAAGGCCUCCAACCACCGGAGCGUGCGGAUACAUACUACUGCAUGCUGUUCAAUGACGAGGUGCACACGUACGAGCAGGUCAUCUACACGCUGCAGAAGGCAGUCAGCUGCACACAGAAGGAGGCCGUCAGCUUCGCCACCACCGUCGACAGAGACGGGAGGAAGUCUGUGCGCUACGGGGACUUCCAGUUCUGUGAGCAGGCCAAGUCUAUUAUUGUGAGAAACACCAGUCGGCAGUCGAAGCCCUUGCGUGUGCAGGUGAUGCACUCUUCAGUGGUGGCGCAUCAGUGUUUUGCACUCAAAGCCCUCGGCUGGAUGGGACACGUCAUCAGGCACUCAGAUGCGCUGCGGCGGAUCCUGUGCCAGGUGGGGCUCCAGAGGGGACCGGAGGGGGAGGACUCGCUGGUGGACACACUCAUGCUCUGUGACUCCAAGAUGUGGAAAGGUGCGAGGAAUGUGUAUCACCAGCUGCUAAUGAGCAGUCUCCUCAUGGACCUGAAGUACAAGAAGCUGUUUGCCAUCCAGUUUGCCAAGAGCUACCGGCGCCUCCAGACCGAUUUUAUGGAGGAUGACCACGAGCGCUUAGUGUCUAUCACCUCACUGUCUGUUCAGCUCUUCACCGUCCCCACCAUGGCGCGGAUGCUGAUCACGGAGGAGGACCUGAUGAGCACCAUCAUCCGCACCUUCGUGGACCACCUGCGGCACCGCGACCUGCAGGGACGCUUCCAGUUCGAGCGCUACACCGCCCAGCAGGCCUUCAAGUUCCGCAGGGUCCAGAGCCUCAUCGGAGACCUCAAGUACGUCCUGAUCAGCAGGCCCACUGAGUGGUCAGAUAAACUCCGAGAGAAGUUUCUGGAAGGACUGGACGCGUUCCUGGACCUGCUCAAGUGCAUGCAGGGUAUGGACCCUGUGGUCAGGCAGGUUGGCCAGCACAUAGAGAUGGAACCGGAGUGGGAAGCAGCCUUCACCCUACAGAUGAAACUCACACACAUCAUAUCAAUGAUCCAGGAGUGGUGCUCUUCUGACGAGCGGGUCCUGAUCGAGGCGUACCGGAGGUGCUUGUCCAUCCUCACACACUGCCACAGCGGCUUCACGGACGGAGAGCAGCCCAUCACACUGAGCAUGUGUGGCCACUCGGUGGACACCAUCCGCUACUGCGUCAGCCAGGAGAAAGUCAGCAUCCACCUGCCCGUGUCCCGCCUGCUCGCAGGUUUACAUGUUCUUCUCAGCAAAUCAGAAGUGGCCUACCGCUUUCCUGAGCAACUACCCCUGAGUGAGCUGAGCCCCCCCAUGCUGAUAGAACACCCCCUCCGCUGCCUGGUGCUCUGCGCCCAGGUGCAUGCUGGGAUGUGGCGGAGGAACGGCUUCUCAUUGGUCAAUCAGAUCUACUACUACCACAAUGUGAAGUGCAGGGUGGAGAUGUUCGAUAAAGACCUCAUCAUGUUACAGGCGGGAGCCUCCAUGAUGGAUCCCAACCACUUCCUGAUGAUCAUGCUGAGUCGCUUCGAGCUCUUCCACAUCUUCAGCUCCGUCGAUGGACGCAAGAGAUACAGCAGAGAGAACGCCAACAAGGAUGUGGUCCAGCAGAACAACACUCUAAUUGAGGAGAUGCUUCACCUCAUCAUCAUGGUUGUGGGUGAGCGGUUCGUGGCGGGUAUUGGGCAGGUCCAUGUGUGUGAAGAGAUCAAACGUGAGAUCAUCCACCAGCUCUGCAUCAGGCCAAUGGCACACAGCGAGCUCGUCAAAGCACUACCAGAGAACGAGAAUAAAGAGACGGGCAUGGAGAGAGUUAUUGACAAUGUGGCUUCGUUCAAGAAGCCUGGUGUUACGGGCAGAGGGCUAUAUGAACUGAGACCAGCGUGUGCCAAGCAGUUUAACCUGUACUUUCACCACUACUCACGUGCAGACCAGUCUAAGGCGGAGGAGGCCCAGAGGAAGCUGAAGAGACAGCAGGGGGAGGACACAGCGCUGCCUCCCCCGGUCCUACCCCAGCUGUGUGCGCUGUUUGCCAGCCUGGUGAACCUGCUGCAGUGUGACGUGCUGCUCAGCAUCCUCAACACCGUGCUGCAGUGGGCCGUCGAGCCCACCGGGGGGCACUGGUCUGAGUCCAUGCUGCAGAGGGUGCUGCACCUGACAGGAAUGGCACUGUUGGAGGAGCAUCAGCAGCUGGAGAAUAGUGAAGAGGAGGCGACUUUCAGCUUCACACUCAAGAUCUCACGCCCUGGUGAGGCUCCCUCUAACUCUGCCAGUAUCCUGGCUCUGCUGGAGACCCUUCAGAACGCCCCACACCUGGAGGUGCACAAGGACACCAUCCGCUGGAUCCUCAAGACUGUGGCGAGCAUUAAGACCAUGCGGGAGCGCACCGCCUCCACUCCUGUGGCUGACCACAGUGGACAGAGCCAAGAAGAGACGGUGCGGGACAAGGAUAAGGCGGAGCGGAAGCGGAAGGCGGAGAUGGCUCGUCUGCGGCGGGAGAAGAUCAUGGCGCAGAUGUCUGAGAUGCAGAGACACUUCAUCAACGAGAACAAGGAGCUCUUCCAGCAGACCAGCCUGGACGAGCUAGAGGCCUCCGCAUCCACCUCCGUAGAGCACAGCCCCACGAGUGCGGACGCGGCGCUGGUGUGUGUGGGCCCGCGGCGGACGCGUGUGUGUGAGCGCAAGCAGGUGGUGACGUGCAUCCUGUGCCAGGAGGAGCAGGAGAUCCGGCCCGACUCCCGCGCCAUGGUGCUCGCCGCCUUCAUCCAGCGCUCCACCGUCAUGGCCAAGAACCGCCACAGACCCCCCCCCGACCCAGAGAAGUACGACCCCAUCUUCAUGCAUCCCGACCUGUCCAUCGGAACACACACAGGAAGCUGUGGACACAUCAUGCACUCCCACUGCUGGCAGAGGUACUUUGAGGCGGUGCAGGCGAAGGAGCAGCGGCGGCAGCAGCGUCUGCGUGUGCACACGAGCUACGACGUGGAGAACGGAGAGUUCCUGUGUCCCCUCUGUGAAUGCCUCAGCAACACCGUCAUCCCACUACUACCCCUCAAAAAGACCCCCAGCAGCUGUGACCAGCCCACGCUGUCCCCGUGGCUGAAGUCGAUUGGUCAGCAGGUCCGCUGUCUUCACUCCGCCCACAGGAAGGCCAAAGCCACCAGUGCAGAGUGUCUGGACACGGACAGCGAGCCCGACUGCCCAGCACCACCGGGAUUCAGACUGGACCACACUCCAACGAGUCCGUACUCUGACAGCAUUAAGGAGAUGCUGACCACGUUCGGCACGGCCACCUAUAAGGUGGGACUGAAGGUGCACCCCAACGAGCAGGACCCCCGAGUGCCCAUCCUGUGCUGGGGCAGCUGUGCCUACACCAUCCAGUCUAUAGAGCGGCUGCUGGUGGAUGAGGAGAAGCCUUUGUUUGGAAGUUUACCCUGCAGACAGGAUGACUGUCUGAGCUCCUUGGUCAGGUUUGGCUCUGCAUGCUGGACUGCAGGUUGCCUCUCCACUGUGCAAACACACUUCAUCAGACUCUUAGCAGCGUUGGUUCCAGACCCUCAGGUGACCAGUUCUCCCUGCAUCCUGGAUGUAGACAUGUUUCAUCUACUGGUGAGUGUGGUGCUGUCCUACUCGGCGGUCCACUGUCUGGACUCCUCAGGUGUGACUGCAGACGUCGCUCAGCUUCACUUCCUCCACCUGGUCACCAUGGCGCACGUGGUCCAGAUCCUGCUCACCUCAGUGCCAGUGGAGACGACGAUGGAGCAGGAGAGUGGAGGAGCGGAGAAGGAGGAGGAGGAGUUAGUGUGUCGUCUCUACAACUCUCUCAGGACACACCUGGGCAGUGCCUUGUGUGAGGUGAGCUCUGGUUGGCACCUGUGGCGUUGUGUGAAGGCCGGCAUCCUGCCCUACCUGAGGGCCACAGCCAUCUUCUUCCACCACCUCAACGGAGUCACCCCCCCACCAGAGCUGCAUGUUCUUGGCUCUGGCCAGUGGGAGGCGUUGUGUGGAUACCUCUCUCUGCCAUGCAACCUCCUCCAGCUCUUCUACAGCCAUCAAGACCUACUGGAGCCCUUACUGCAAGGGUGGUGUUCUCACCCGGCGGUCAAACAGUGCCUGCAGGGGAGUGCCACUCUCGUCAGUUUCCCUCGCGAGUCCAACCAGCUGAUUGAGCUGCCAGAAGAUUACAGUGCCCUUAUCAACCAGGCCUCUAGCUUCACGUGUCCCAGGUCGGGCGUGGACAAGUCCCGGGCCCCUACGCUGUGCCUGGUGUGUGGGGCCAUGCUGUGCUCCCAGAGCUACUGCUGCCAGACGGAGCUGGACGGGGAGAAGGAGGAGGUGGGGGCCUGCACCGCACACACCUUCUCCUGCGGAGCUGGCGUCGGCAUCUUCCUCAGGGUGAGGGAGAGUCAGGUGCUGUUCCUGGCUGGAAAGACCAAGGGCUGCUUCUACGCACCACCUUACCUGGACGACUACGGAGAAACGGACCAGGGCCUCAGGCGAGGGAACCCUCUGCACCUGUGUCGUGAGCGCUACAGGAAGAUCCAGAAGCUGUGGCGGCAGCACAGCGUCACCGAGGAGAUCGGCCACGCCCAGGAGGCCAACCAGACGCUCGUCGGCAUCGACUGGCAGCACCUGUGAUACACACACACACACACACACACACACACACACACACACACACACACACAGAGCCUCACCUGUAUACAAAUACCCACAUAUCCACUCACGCAUACACCAACACACACGGACACACACACACACACACACACACACACAUACACCAACACACACACACACACACACACACACACACACACACACACACACUGGCGAGUUCGGCGUUGUACACGCAGGGGCUCUGCACGUAAGGGCUGAGGUAACCAUGGCGAUGCCUCUACCUCCCCCCUCCCCCCCCCCCCCCCCUCUGUCUGACUGGACGCGCUCACGCAUGUAGUUCUCAUCCACUCCUCUGGGGGGCGCUCAGCACAGCUCUCCCUGUUCUGUUGGACAUAUGAGUUCAGAAUCUAUUUAAACACACACACACACACACACACACUCAGCCCACGCCACACAGCUCUCUGUUCUGUUGGACAUAUGAGUUAAUAUAUGGACAUAAUCUAUUUAAACACACACACACACACACACACACACACACACACACACACACACACACACACACACACACAUACUCAGCCCACGCCACACAGCUCUCUGUUCUGUUGGACAUAUGAGUUAAUAUAUGGACAUAAUCUAUUUAAACACACACACACACACACACACACACACACACACACACACACACACACACACUCAGCCCACGCCGCUGAGCUACGGACGAAGGCCCCCGCCACACGCCAUCCAUCCAUCGCUCGCUCCUUCGAUCGGUCCAAUCAGGCGGCCAGAUCACGGGAGGGAGGGAGGGAUUGAUUGGUGGGAUCAGGCGGCCAGAUCUCUCGUAUGAAUGUUGUUAAUUUAAUGCAUAAGCUCGCCUGUCACCAUGGAGACCCACCGCUUCCGCACAGAAGCAUGCUGGCGUUCGCCCCACCACCCAAAAAAAGCACAACUCCAGCUCAAAGCCACACACACACACACACACACACACACACACACACACACACACACACACACACACACUGGGGUGUUGCACAGUGCCACCUAGAGGGCUUGUUUGGAUCAUGACCCCCCCCCACUCUUCCCUUGUGUGUGUCCUCACUCUCUCUCCCUCACACACACUCUCCCUCACACACACACUCUCCCUCACACACACACUCUCCCUCACACACUCUUUCCUUGUGUGAUCCCUCGUACGGAUUGUUUGUGUUUGCAGGAGAACCAAGCGGCUCCCUACCCAACUGGCUGUCGGCCAACCAUACGAGGCCUGGGAACGUACACACACACACACACACACACACACACACACACACUCACUCACACACACACACACACACACACACACACAUUUGUCACGAGUGCCUGCGUGUGUGAAGUUUUAAAACCUUUCUCAGAGUGACCGUGUGUGUUCUCAGAGUUAGAGAGUGUGUGUGAUGGCUUUUAUAGAGGGCUGGGUUUCUUUGGAUGUCUGUGUUUGUGUGUGUGUGUGUGUGCGCGCGUUUAGAAUGUUCUCAAGAUCCUGAAGAAGCCUCGUGGGGUUUCGUUUGUCUGUUUUCUCUCAUUUUGUAACUUGUUAUUGAAGUGAUCCCUUCACCUCACAUGCAGCGCUGGCCCACGCCCGGCUCGGAGUCGGCCCGUAUCCGGCCCUCGCCUGGCCCUCGCCUGGCCCGCAGUCGGCCCGCAGCGCAGCGCAGCGCUCGGGGGUGAUCCACCCAUGUGAGAGAACUGUGUUUGAUUGGAUGGAAAGCUAGACAUUGAUGACUCUUUUCCAGACGUUUUUGAUUCAUGUGGAUAUUGUGGGAAUCUGUUGCUUUGUUGAUUUGUUUUUUUUGUUUUUUUUGUAGCAUUGGCUUAGGGCCUCUAAGCAGGAAUAUAUAUAUAUAUAUAUCUAUCUACAUGUAUGUAUUUUUUUUUAUUUUCUUUGCUCUCUACUACCAAAAACAUUAGACCUUAAUCUGCCAGUUCUGCCCCCAAAGUGACAGAUUCCUCUGCGAAGAAAAACAGACUUUCAUUGUGGCCGCAGUCCAUUGCCAUAGCAACAUGACACAUAAUCACCCUGCAAUGAUCACCCCUCAAACCUCACAAGCGUUGCCAUAGCAACAUGACACAUAAUCACCCUGCAAUGAUCACCCCUCAAACCUCACAAGCGUUGCCAUAGCAACAUGACACAUAAUCACCCCUCAAACCUCACAAGCGUUGGUGGCGGAGGAUCUGUGUGCCCUAAUAUGGCCCUACAGUGCGGCCCAACCCCUGUGGAGUCUGACACACACACACACUCACACACACACACACACACACACACACACACACACUCCCGCCCGCCCGCCUGGCAUCAGCUGGUUUUUAGUUUUGGGUUUUAUUGUUGUGUUGCUUCUGCCAGCUGGGCCCACGUGGUGCCAGAGGUCCUGACGGGACCGGCGCCGUGCCCGCCGCGGGGUGGGCACAGAGUGGGCACAGAGUGGGCACAGAGUGGGCACAGAGUGGGCACAGAGUGGGCACAGAGUGGGCACAGAGUGGGCACAGAGUGGGCACAGAGUGGGCACAGAGUGGGCACAGAGUGGGCACAGAGUGGGCAUAGAGUGGGCACAGCUGCCCCCCACGUCUCCUGCCGCCCUGGCAUGCUCCUGGACUGGCCUUCCGAGCGGACCCCACUCAGCCGUAGUGUCAGACUGACUUGUUAAUAUGUGAAUUCUUGUAUAAAUGGGUAUAUUGUACUAUAUUGUAAAACAAUAAUGGAAUUAAUAAACAGGAAAAAUAC